AUGGCAGUGACAAAGGCGGAGGAACUGACUCGUGUCCUUUUUACAGCAGAGGGGUACGUGCCACCCACACCACACUUGUUUGUGCCGUCGGGCUUUGUAGCGUAUAGGCCACGGCGGACAGAGUAUGACUCCGAGCUCAUCUUGAGAGACCCCGAGACCCACAUUUCAAGCAACUGGACAGAAGAGAGAAUGAGGCAGAAGGACAUUCGUGGCUUUGGAGGCGUGUGUAGCUCUUUGGCGCUGUACCAGAGUUUAUCUGCCAGGGUGAGGCAGUUAAUAGACAAGGCGGGCUUCAGCGAGUUCAUACAGACCCUUACCCCUGCCAGAAACGACCAUGCCAUCCUAGUAGUACUCGCAGAGAGGUGGAGGGACACUACCAACACCUUUCACUUACCUAUAGGGGAGAUGACAGUGACACCCGCCGACUUUGCAGCGAUCACCGACCUGAGAGUCGGAGGUGAGCCUAUCCCAUUCAAUUCGGGCAUUCAAGAAGAUCUAGUGGCUCUAGAGUGGUUCUUGGGAGAGGCACCCAAGAUUGAGGAAGGGAUGGCAUGGUACAGGCAGUUCACCAGAUAUCUCAAGAAAACGGUGACAACUAAGCAGGAAGCUGAGCAGAUGGCCCGGGCGUACCUGUUGUACCUUUUUGGCGCAACCCUAUACCCGAAUAGGUGCAGUAAGGUGCACUUGUCAUACUUGCCUGCGCUAAGGGAUUUGAGGACAGCCUCACGCUUUGACUGGGGUGGAGCGGCACUGGGCGCGGCCUAUGGUUUCUUGGGUGACUCGUCGAGGACAGAGAUGAGCACGGUCGGAUAUUGGAGAAUCUGGGAGCUCUGCGCCUACGAGGUGUUGAACAUGUGCCGUCCAGCAUCCAAAAGCUUGGACUUGGGGAUUCUCCCGCGUGCGCACAUUUGGAGCAAGAAGAACAUGGGGGAGAAGAAAGGAAGGGGUGAUCUGAACGGCUUCCGAAUAUACCUCGACGAGCUCCGACCCUCAUAG